CCGCUCAGUCCGUCUGAUCUCCUCCCGGGAUGAACCACAGACAGGCGGCGGGGACGGUAACCGCUCCGAGCACGGACAGCCCGCGGGCCAGAAGCCAAGACAACCUGCUGGCAUACGAUGACAUCCCAGAGGAUAGCCGAUGGUUUGGCCACAGCCAACUGUCGGCUCGUCUCAGCACCGUCAAGCGCCGCCAGGCGCUGCGGGGCCCGGCCCACAUGUUCACCGCACCGUCCGUGGGCCCCUCUGAGGUGGAGCAGCGCUUCCUGGAGGCGGCCGAAUACGGCAACAUCCCCGAGGUGCGCCGCAUGCUGCUGCACGUGCCCCACCUGAACGUCAACACGGUCAACUACAUGGGCCAAAACGCCCUGCAGCUGGCUGUGGCCAACGAGCACCUGGAGGUGACUGAGCUGCUCCUGGGGAGGCAAGACCUGGCUCGGGUGGGAGACGCCCUCCUGUUGGCCAUCAGUAAGGGUUACAUCCGCAUCACCGAAGCCCUGCUAGCACACCCUUCGUUCCGAGAUGCCCAUCGUCUGACGGCCAGCCCUGCUCAAGUGGACAUGCUGGAUGACUUUUACGCUUAUGACGAGGACGGGAGAAGGUUCUCCCACGAUGUGACUCCAGUGAUCCUGGCGGCACACUGCCAAGAAUACGAGAUCGUUCACACCCUGCUGAAUAAAGGGGCUCGCAUUGACCCGCCCCACGACUACUUCUGCUGCUGCAACUCGUGCAACUACCAGCAGCAGUUUGAUUCCUUCAGCCACUCGCGCUCCCGCAUCAAUGCCUACCGGGGACUGGCGAGUCCGGCCUACCUUUCCCUGUCCAGCGAGGAUCCGGUGCUGGCUGCCCUGGAGCUCAGCAACGAGCUGGCCAUGCUGGCCAAUAUUGAGAAGGAGUUUAAGAACGACUAUUGUCGCUUGUCCAGCCAGUGUAAGGACUUUGUGGUGGGCCUCCUGGACCUGUGCCGCAGCACUGAGGAGGUGGAGGCCAUACUGAACGGGGAAACCGACUGCGAAGAUAGCUACGACCCGCCCGGUCGCCCUUCUCUCACACGCCUUAAGUUAGCCAUCAAAUAUGAACUGAAAAAGUUUGUGGCCCAUCCCAACUGCCAGCAGCAGCUACUGAGUAUUUGGUAUGAGAAUCUACCUGGGCUCAGGCAACAGACCACCGCUAUCAAACUCCUGGUGGUCCUGGCAGUGGCGAUGGGGCUACCAGGGUUGGCUCUGGCCUACUGGAUUGCGCCGUGCAGUAGAGUGGGGCAGGUGAUGCGCAGCCCCUUCAUGAAGUUCGUGGCCCACGCCUCAUCUUUCACCAUCUUCCUGGGCCUGCUGAUACUGAACGCUGCAGACCGAUUUGGAGGGACCACGUUGUUGCCCAACAUGACCCACUACCAUGUACCAGAAACGUCCCGACUGGCCACGGACCCAAUGCUGCUCUACCGCAUGACCACAACGCCAUUCACUUGGAUGGAGAUCCUCAUCAUCUCGUGGGUUAUAGGUAUGAUCUGGGCCGAGGUGAAGGAGAUCUGGAGUCUGGGGCCUGGGGAAUACCUAGUGGAACCGUGGAACUUUCUAGACUUUGGUAUGCUGGCGAUAUUUCUGGCAUCUUUCAGUUGCCGCUUCUCUGCAUUGAGACACGCCAGCUAUGCUCAGACUUUCGUAAAUGCGCAUUACACCAACCUGACAAACGUCACACUGCCUCCAGAGAUACUCUACUUUACGCUGGCGAGGAUCCACUGGUUACCGUCGGACCCCCAGCUGGUCUCCGAGGGUCUUUACGCGGUGGCGGUGGUGCUAAGCUUCUCCCGAAUCGCGUAUAUCCUCCCAGCCAACGAGAGCUUCGGUCCUCUGCAGAUCUCCCUGGGCAGGACGGUGAAGGACAUUUUCAAAUUCAUGGUCAUCUUCCUUCUGGUGUUUCUGGCCUUCAUGAUCGGCAUGUUCAACCUGUACUCCUACUACCUGGGUGUCAAGCAGAACGACGCCUUCACCACCCUGGAGGAGAGCUUCAAGACACUGUUCUGGGCCAUAUUCGGACUGUCCGAAGUCCGCUCGGUGGUCAUCAACAACGGGCACAAAUUCAUCGAGAACAUCGGCUAUGUGCUUUACGGCGUUUACAACGUCACCAUGGUCAUUGUGCUGCUCAACAUGCUCAUCGCCAUGAUCAACAGCUCUUUCCAGGAGAUCGAGGACGAUGCCGAUGUAGAGUGGAAGUUCGCUCGGGCCAAACUCUGGUUCUCCUACUUUGAGGAGGGACGAACCUUACCGGUGCCUUUUAACCUGGUCCCCAGUCCCAAAUCUAUGAUGGGCCUGUCCAAAAGCGUCAAGUUUCUGGUGCUGCAGUAUGUGAGAAGACAGAGCGACGACAAACAUGAGACGCAACUUGACAAGAUGGGAGAAGGGAAAAAUUCAGCUUUCAGUGGUUCCACCCGUCCCUCCAGAUACCAGAAGAUCAUGAAGCGUCUGAUCAAGCGUUACAUCAUCAAAGCUCGAGCCGACCGGGAGAGCGACGAGAUCACGGAAGGCGAGUUGAAGGAAAUCAAGCAGGACAUCUCCAGUCUCCGCUACGAGCUUUUGGAGGAGAAGUCUCAGAACACAGAGACACUGGAUGAGCUGAUGAGGAGACUCGGCGAUAUCACCACAACAUCCUGAUUAUACUUUAUUUUUAUGAUUGUAAUUGAGUUUGUUUAUAUUUGUGCGUUUUGUAAAGACUUGUAUAAACAGCU